AUGGCGAGCGUUAAGGACGAUGUGCUGAUAAUAACCUUUGGUACUUCUGGCAUCAAACCUCUACUUUUUGACAAGUGGAUGGAAGGAGUUGCAUUACUUAUUUCCGCUAGGGACUGGCGAGCCACCGGAUUUGAGUCUACGCGUGUCAGCCGCGGGAUGGGCAUCUGGGACCGCAUGACUUUGUGGAUUGCGUUCAGGCCUGGAGGUCUAAAAGCCAAUGGCGAGCUGAUUACUGUCAUUUGUGAAAUGGUGUCCGGUAUUGGUUCUGACCGCGAAUGA